CAUCUUCAAGAUGCAUCUUCAGAGGCCUCAGUCGAAAUCUGACUUUCCACGAUGAAGGGUGUUAGUGUUUUGUUUUUCUUAGGGCUAAGUACGGGCUGGUCCCAAGCCAUAUUUUUAAACCACAGGCCAUUUCCAACAUACAGUCUGGAGAACAUGCCCCAUACGACUUUUUCCUGUAGGGAAAAAAUCUUGGGAGGAUACUAUGCAGAUGUAGACACCCAGUGCCAAAUGUUCCAUAUUUGUGUUAAGGUCGCUGGAAUUGGGAUCCAGGACUUCCGAUUCUUGUGUCCCAACGGUACAGCAUUUGAUCAAGAUCAUCAAAUAUGUGCGGAGUGGGAAGACAUAGAUUGUGAUGCCAGUACUCUUUAUUAUUCUAGCGACAACUUCGAUUUAUACCGUCUAGGAUCAGGAUUUGAAUCCAAAGCUUUGAAAUACGGAGAAGAAGAAGAGCCUUUCUCGCUGCAAAGAGCCGAAACAGGAGAUGCAAGGAUAAACCGAGAACAACAAGCUCGUGUAGUAGAUCAAAAGAAAGCUCCAAGAAACUACAAUGCCGCAAGACAAAACUUCAAUACUCAAAACAAUAACAAUAAUGAAAAAGAAAUAUUUAAAAGUUCCAGCACUUCUAACUUUUAUAAUAACAGAAACAAUGGAAAAGAAAGAGAUGAAGAUUACGAUGAUAAUGUAAAUAUUAACCAAAAUCAAGACUACGAACAGAAGAGAAAAGUGGUUAGAAACAAAGUAAGAAGGCCAGUACAAAAUAAUCAAAAUGACUAUAACAGAAAUAAUCAACAAAAUAAUCAAAACAACAACAGAAACAACCAACAGAAUAAUCAAAACAGAAAUAAUAAUAAUAACAAUAGAAACCAAAAUACGGAUUACAAUAGAAACCAAAAUACUGAUAACAACAGAAACCAAAAUUCUGACUACAACAGAAAUCAAAAUAAUGACUACAACAAAAAUCAAAAUACUGAUUACAACAGAAAUCAAAAUAAUGAAUAUACUAAAAAUACUCAACAACCAGUUGCUCAAACUAGACGUCCAACGACUAAAUUCACAGGUUUUGUUAACAAUUUCGCUGGUAGUUAUGAACCUACCACUUCUAAACCAACAUCCACUACUCUUAACACAGAUCAAUACACUACAGCGAUCAACAAUUAUAAACAUAGAAACGGACAAAGACAACGUCAACAAGAUUUUACAGAUAGCCCAGUAUAUACUAUUAGUACACCUGCUCCAUUUAGACAACAAUCUUCGCAGCAAUAUAACCCACCUCCUACUAGAACUGCUAACAAUAAUGGCCAGUAUUAUAGUUCUACCUCAGCUCCUCAGAAAAAUACUGAGAAUUAUCUCAAAAAAAGCACUAACUAUGAUGAACUAAUCGAUAUUCCCAAAAUUAAGCCCGCUACUUCAACAACACAAAAUUACAAUACCCAGUAUGAUGUGACAAAAACAAAACCCGCUAGCAGUACUGGUGGGCAAUACAAUAGACAAUUCGAUAAUCAGAGGACUACUGCUAGUCAAUAUGAAACUACUAAAGUAAAACAGAACUACAACAAUUAUAAAUCGACAGUAAAUGAUAAAACUGAGAAUUAUCCCAGUAACAAUCCUAAGUAUACCAGCACAUUUGAUAAGAAGCAAACUACUCCUUAUAAACAGAAUGAAAACUACCCUACUACAUUGAGCCCCAAGCCUUUUAGUUUGAACAAUAAUAACAACAAUUUCCCAACGACUUUUGCUCCAAGAACCAAUGCUGGCUAUAGUCAAAUAGCUCAACAGACUGCAACAUAUAAUCAGAACAAAAAUACUCAGAAUAGUCAAUCUUCAGCUACUGGAUUUAGCAGUACUCCAAAGGUUACUCCUUUCACCCAGUACACACCAACAGUUCCUAAGUUGAGCUCUACUACUCCUGUUAGCAGGUCCCAGUUUAGAUUAGCUAAAGCGAACACUACCUUAUUGGAUAUAAAAGUGGCAAGAUCCAGUCGCUUCGAUGAAACACAAUACGAUGAUGGUUCGUACAGCUCGAAGUAUGACUAUGAUGGCGACAGAAGAGACGAUGAAUUUCUAAAAACUGCUCACAGCCAAAACAUUGCAGCAAGCCGUAAUGAACUCUCCAGAACAACUAAAGCACAACAGUCAACUCAAUCACACCAAGCAACUCACUCACAUCAACCAACUCACUCACAUCAACCAACUCAAUCACAUCAACAAACUCAAUCACAUCAACAAACUCAAUCACAUCAACAAACUCAUUCACAUCAACCAACUCAAUCCCAUCAACAGAGAACGACCUACGAUGUCCCCAAGACUACAAAACAAGCUUCAAAGGCUACAGAAUCUCCGAAAACAAGCACACAGCCUGAGAAAAAGUCUCUGUUAAUUCUACCUAAAAAGGUCAAGGAUGUCAGUUAUGACUACGCUUACUACGAUAGUAAUGUUGGUAGUGAACCUGACUAUGAAAUUGAUACUGAAAUUAAAAAAUCAACUGUGACAAAUUAGGCACCUUUUUUUAUUAAUCGCUGAUUCCGUAUCAAAUCUUUUAUAAUUUAAACUUUACAUUUACUUAUAUGUAUAUAGAUACAAUGUCAGACGUUAAAUUAAAUAUUAUAUUGCAAAAAUAGUAAUUUUAAAAGGGUUUUUAGCUUACCUGGUUUUAUUUGUGUUUUAUACACUCUUCCAUCAAUAUUUGUAGACAAUCUUCAAGUUUAAAGGAUGUGAUACUGACAGUAUAUUAAUAUUUUUUUAGUUAGUUGAUUCAGACAAGAACUGUUUAGUUGGUAAUUCUUCAAUUUCUUUCAUUCGUUUAUUUUUUUACACUAAGCCGUAAAUUUGUUAUUAAAGAGUAAAGUGUAAUUUUAUUUCAUGUAAAAUAUUUGUCAUUUUUUAUACAGGGUGUUUCACUAACAAUGGAAAAAUCUGUUAAAAGUUAAAGUUAUUUUUCCUUUUAUGCAAUUAAUAUGAACAUUCAUGGUUAUUGACUUGAUUUGACUCUACUUUGGUCUUUAGUUGAGAUUGAAAUAUUUGUUUUUUGUUACGUUAUUUAUAGAGGACUCUACUUAUACCUACAACUUUGAUAAAUAUGGUAUUAUAUUUUUUCCUGUGCACUAUACAUAUAACAACGAAUCGUUUUCCAAAUAAUAAAAGAACCAUUUUUUAUAUAAAAAAUCAUUAUUUUUUUAAUAUUUGAAUUAAAAAAUUCUACUAAACAUUAAAAAAACAAUUUAGAUACUUAAUGCCCUAUUUUUUGAACACUUUUGUAUCUUUCCUAAUGAGGUAAAAUUUCUGAAAGUAUAUCGCAUGUAAAGUAUGCCUUAUAUUCUUUCAUUCCCAAAGACCAAUGUAGUUGUAAAAAUAAACACUAGCGUUAAAAUUGUAGCGAUUUAAAAAAGUGUCCUAAUUCACAAUGAAACACUUUUGUUACAAAUAGACCACAUCUCGAUUUAAUACGUGAAAAAAAUAAAUAAAUAUUAACAUUCAAUACAAAAAGUUUAUUAAUAUGCGAAACAGUGAACUUAAUCAAAUCUAGUAUUGGGAAAUAGUCUUCAAAAAUAGUCUUCAAAAAUAGUCUUCAAAAAUAGUCUUCAAAAAUAGUCAUCAAAAAUAGUUUCAAAGGGUAAAACAAAAGAAAUGUUUGUGAUUAACGCAUGUUUGGUACUAAUGGUUCAGUUUUAAUCACUCUGCCUUUUCUGGAAAAAAAUGUAGUUAAUCAAUAACUUCAAAAGAACCCUGGGCAUUGUUUCUAACCUAUUUUUAACAAAAAGUCUCUGACAUAUACAAAAAAAUCCACUUUAACACACAAAAUUUAAAAACUCCCACAAUAUUUCCCAAUAUUUGAAAUUAUUUUCCGAUUAAAAAAAAAAAACAUUUAUUUUAUUUGUUCUAUAAAAUAGUCAAACAUUAAAAACUUAAAAAUAACUAGAACAUCAGUGAAAUACUAAAUCAAAAUACCAAAAAUCAAUAUAAUUUAUUUUUUAAGACGGUACCUACUGUUAGAAUUGUCAAUUUUAUCAGAUCACUGAUAACUAACUUUAACUGACGACGCAACCAAAUAAUUACACAAAGAAAAGUAUACGAUUGUAGGGGAUCGACCAAAAUCAACGUGGUCAAACCGAUUGUACCAAAAAUUCACAUAUUUUAAAUAGGCAUUCAUCUUUUCCCUUCUUUUCCUUAUUUUUGCAGUAAAAAGUCCCAUGAUAUGGAAAAAUCCCCCAGGUCCUCGAUUCUCGACUUUUUAGGAAAGUUUUCCCAUAGUAAAAAUUCCACUGCUUAUUGUCCAGUGGUAUUUUAAAACGGUAUUCUCCACUAGGUUAGGAAUCUAAUUCGUAUGGGAAUUUUGAUUAUUCGUAUAUCCAACGUAUGUCUGGUACUAAAUACGAAAAUGUUGGAAACUGACCAAUAAUAAUUAAGAUAUUUCAAUACUUUCAAGUUGUUGUGUUGGGGAGAUUGAUUCUUCUCAUGUCAAUGAUGAUAAAUAAUGUCAGUUUUUGAUUUUUGUUCUUUCCUCGCUUUAAAACAAAUUAAUUGUGUGAUCGAUACAACGAUAGAUACAAAGAAAAAAAUAGGUCAGAGAAAAAAAUUUCGAUAUCUGCAAGUAGAUCAGAGGCCACCUAUCAUUUGAUAGUCUAAAUAAUUUUAUAAUGUUUGUUUUAUUUAUAGAUUGAAAGGGAUCUUUUGCCUCAUUUUUUCACUUCACCCAUUUUAAAAAAGAAGAUAUAUUAAAAAUAGUAAUAUUAUUAUUUAAAGUAACAAGAAAAUAGCAAAUUUUACUGACUGGUAACAGAUUAACUUUGAUUCAAUAGAAUCCAUUACCAAAGAUCUGUUCCAACAACGAUCACAAACCAGUCAAUAACACCAGGAUUCUGCGCAGUAGAGAAGUUGGCGGUCCCAAUAAUUUAUUGCGCAUAAUCCUGGUGUCAGUGACUGGUUUCUGAUCGUUUCUGGAACAUACCUUAAAUAUUUCCAUUAGAAAUUUGAUUUCCCAUGCCAACUUCCAAGUGUAUUUGGUCCCAUAUUUUUCACGAAAAAACAUUCCUAGUGGAUGUGUCGAGAAUACAAAAUAUAAAUUCCCAUAGGAAAAUUAUCUUUUUCCCAUGGGAAAAAAAGUCGAGAAUUGAGGCUAAGGGGUGUAACACUGGAUUGGUGUUUUGUACUGCCUUUUACGACUCGUACGCUUCAAACUGCAUUAUUUUAAACGAAUCAUCAACCGAGUGGGUGGUUCAUUGUAUCUGGUUGAAUAAUUGACCAUACUUUUGACAAAAUAAAUUGUAAUUCUCUAAAAUGCAUACAAAAUUACAAAAUUUGAAAUUUUAUGGUUAUAUUUGAAGUGCCGUUCUCUUGAAUACGUAUAGUGUAAAAAGUUAUGACCAAUUUUAUUUAUCAAAUCAAUGUUAUAAGCAGCGCCCUCUAUGAGAAAAGUGAAAAAUGUUGAGAAUUUUUGUGCUUGAAAACAUAAAGUUGUCAAUUUUCAAGUUGAUAAACUAAGUAUUUUUGAUAAUUAUGGCCAAUAUAGAAAAAUGAAUACCCUCAAAAUUCGGAUAAUGUAAAUUCAAGCAGUAUCCUGUAGGACCUCCAGAACUGAUUUCAGAUUGUUAAUGAAGUACCACCCUAUAAACAUUUCAUAUUCAUUAAUUUUUAAUAUUGGAUGAUUAAAAUGUAAAAAUUAUAAUGUACAUAGGCCUAGAUGUUUUUUUUUAAAUGUUUUUCUACAAAAAUGGAUUUAUUACUUUAGUUUGUUCAACCUUCUUCUUGUACAUGUAAUUACUGUGUAUUUGAAGAUUUUUUAUUUUAAAUCACAGACAAAUACGGAUACUUUAAAUUUACAAUUUCCUAAAAAUCCUUUAACUAUCUAAAUACUAAAUAUAACGGUUUUUACAAUGAUAAUAUACCACCUAUUUUAAUAAUUUUGUUUAUUAUUGCAUACGUUUUUAAAAUUGUUCAUCUGAGCAUUCCUUAAAAGUGAAGAAAAUUUUAAUAAAAUAGAGAAAAUAAACUCCAAUGUUAUAUACCGAUAUAAAUUUAUUUGUUACAAAAAAAAUUAUUUUGUGCACCACUUUGUGUUAUGUUAUAUACCGAUAUAAUUUUUUUUAUUUGUUACAAAAAAAAUUAUUUUGUGCACCCUUUGUGUUAUGUAUUAUUGGUGCCUGUAAUUAAUAAAAAAUAUCAACCGUCCUUUUCUGAAUCCAAAUAAAAAUAAUAAGUCUGUUUAUAUAUUAAAAUACUUUGAAGGCCCACAAUAGAACAGUAUUUUGCGAAAUGAAAGUAAUAAAAGUGCGAAAAAUAAUAAUAUUGCUAAUUUAAGAUUGUACAUAUUGUAUUUUAAUUGUAAGAAUAAACGUUAUGUUAUUUA